AUGUGUAGUAGAUUAUUCGUAGAAGUCCCGCCGCAGACGCUUCGAUUAUUCGAGCAGCUCGAGGUACACGAUAUCUUCCUUAUCGAAUGGCAGCACCCUCUUUUAAUCUGUCUAGGAUACCAAACACUCGUCAGACAAAAUGAUUAUUUCUUCCUCGCUCCAGACGAACAACUCCCCAUAAUCGAGCAUCUCGCCGCCGGUCUCGGUUACCAACCCGCCGACCACAAGACACUGCCCCCAGCUUAUUCAUCCGAGUAUUCUAAUCUGGGGCUUCGAUACAUAAUCCGGGAGUUCGAAAAGAGUCGCUUUAACGUCAACCCAUGGAAUAGACUUGUGUUCCUACCUUUAUCUUGGACUAGCAUUUCGCGCGAUGAAGCAACGCGGCUUAGCGCUUCGGAGAACAAGUUACCGUGUACGGUUCACACGGUGUCUAUAUCCGUCGCCUGCACCGCGCUCAUGCGCAUCAUGACGCGAGAAAAGCGAGGAAGUCGUCUACGAGCGCGUGUGACUGCUGAACUAGUUAAUGCCAUUACACAUCACUACUUCGACACGAGCUAUGAGGGCGAUUAUAUGGAUAUACCGCCGGAUACGCAACCAUGGACCGAGAAGGAAGUCACAGAGAUGAAUAAUGCGAUUAAGGACAUUGAAAGCUGGAAGAUGAGGGAAGGAGAGGAGUGGAUUAGGAGCGAGCUGAUACGGGCUGUGUCGGGGAAGAUAGGGUAUCAUGAGUUGUCUUGCGGGAAGGAGUAAUUGUGCUUGGUUGUAGUUUCCAAAGAAGUAGAGGCAAUCGCAAUGGCAAACAGUUGAUAGCAAGCCUUCCUUAAAAAGUGUGCGCGCGCGUGGCCUUAGGGAGGCAGUCACCACCCAUGGUGGUACAAACUAUAUAAGGUAGUUGCGAUUGUGCCC